AUGAGCCAUAAUCCAGAAGGUGAAGUGUUUGUCUCGGAUGAAAUCAGACAACAAGUCUUUCAAAAAUUGAAUACUAAAUUAGACAAUCGUGUUUGUUUCGAUUGUGGUAAUAAAAAUCCUACUUGGACUUCUGUUCCAUUCGGUGUUAUGCUUUGCAUUCAAUGCUCUGCAGUUCAUAGAAACUUAGGUGUUCAUAUAACAUUUGUUAAAUCUUCAACCUUAGAUAAAUGGACAAUUAAUAAUCUAAGAAGAUUUAAAUUAGGUGGGAAUCAUAAAGCAAAAGAUUUUUUCAUGAAAAACAAUGGGAAACAAUACUUAGAUACUUCAAGUGUUGAUGCUCAUGCUAAAUAUACAAGUAAUGUCGCUAAGAGAUAUAAAGCUUAUCUUGACGAAAAAGCACAGAAGGAUGCUGACUUAUAUCCAAGUGAAUUAUCGUUAAAUGAUAUGGAUGAUACUAUCAAUGAUUCUACUUCAGAGGUCUCUUCAUUGAAUGGUAAUAAUUCUUCGAAUGAAAAUAGUGUAGAUGAUUUCUUCUCUAAUUGGCAAAAACCAAAAGCGGUAUCUUCUACCAACUCUAGUGGGGUUAAUACUCCAAGAGGCUCAUCUCCAUCUUUAGCAAUUAAUAAUAAUCAUACAGUUACUGCUAAUCAAACUAGAUCAUCCAUCCUAGCAUCAAACAGAAAGAAAUCCAGUAUCUUAGGUGGUAACUCUGGAACCAAGAAAAAUUCUAUCUUAUCUUCCUCAAGAAAGGCUACCAAAAUGUCGGCUAAGAGAGUCGAUCAAGCAGAUGCUGAGGAUAUAUUUGAUCAAUUUGAAAAAGAUGCAGAGAUUGAAAAGGAAGAGAAAAAAUCAAGACAAUUUGCUCCAUCAAAACCAAUAAAACCAUCAUUCUCUUCCAACACAUAUAAUUCAAACAGUUUUGGUAGCGACUCGAACAGUAUUAAUCAAAACAAAGACAAAACUGAAACUUUCUUAGAUGAAAGUGAUGAAGAGGAUGAAUACAUAGCUCCUACUACCAUUGAAGAAGUUCAACCAAAAUUUGCUAAACUUGGAUUUGGUAUGGUUGCCAAUGAUGCAAGCAAAUUGGCUACUGAACAAAAGGAGGCUAUCAGAGCUGCAUCUGGUCCAAAAUACUCAGGUAAAGUGGCUGCAAAAUAUGGUGGUCAAAAGGCUAUUUCUUCCGAUCAAAUGUUUGGUCGUGCUGGUUAUGAUGAAGAUGCUUCUCGUGAAGCUAAACAAAAGUUAAAAACCUACGAUAAUGCAACCUCCAUCUCUUCUAGCGCAUAUUUCGGACAAGACCAAGAAGAAGAAGGUUCUAGUAAUAAUGGUCCUUAUGGCUCUCAACAAAGCUUCGGUAGUAAUCAAGGUGCUAACAAUGAAUACAUAGACUUCAAUGUCGGUGCCGAUGAUGAAUUACAGGUCCUAAAGGAUGCUGUCGAGCAAGGUGCUCAAAAGUUAGGUAACUAUCUAAGAGAUUACCUAAGAAACUGA